AUGGUGGCGGCCUCUCAGGCCUUUCAGCCUUUUUUGGCUUUGCUUUCACGCUGGCUGGUGAUCGGCCAGAGUUAUCAGUACCAACGCCGCUUCAUGCUCAUUUGCCUGGGUGCUGAAGCGAUCCUUACAUGGCUGAUGGCCCCUGUGCUGGAGGCUUGCAACCAUUGGUCAGACCAAACAGUGCUGUACCUUUUGGUCUUCUUCCGUGCGAUGACCGGUGGUGUGAUCAUGCUCUAUGGGGUGCCACUGGCCUGCUGUGUCUAUGAUAGCGCGCCCUUGGAAGAUCGUCAGUCCUUGUCGAUUCGCUACUACCUGUUCCUUUCGAUUGGAGUUUGUUUGGGUCCUGUCGUGAGCAGUGUGAUGUUGAGCUUGCAUCAAGGUGGAGCCCACCAAGCCUGUUUUACCGGGAGGCAAAGCAUCUCCAUCCUGGGCUUCGUGUGGUCUGCAGUGGCACUUUUGAGCACAUGGUUACUGCCAAAAGAGAUCGAGGAAACCCACGAGAAGGACAAGACCCAUCAUGACGAGGCUUGGCAGCUGCAAGCAGCUGCGACGGGCGAAAAUAGUGCUUUGAGCUUGGCCCAGGAGAGCGCUAGUCAUUUCCGCGGUGCUGUGCCUUGGUUCUCCGCCGAGAGGAGCUUCUCGAUCGGCGCCAUCGAGGUGGCGACGGCACUGCUGUUGGAGGUGGAAUACAGCUGGAGCCCUGAGCAGAUUGGCUACGCGUUAGGGGUCAUUUUCUUCAUCACUGCGGUGGUGGGGGGUGUCAUUGCUCUGCUACGGCGCAAGGUUUCUGACUAUACCUUGAUGCUCUCAAUGGCGACAGUGAGCAUCACUGGGGCAAUGCUCUUCAUCGACUUCGGUGGCCAGGAGAAAGGGCACAGCAGCCCCUGGCUCUUGAUGGUCGCGGACGUCACAGUCUAUUCUUGCAUGUUCCAGCUCACUGCCUUCAUGGAAGGCAUCGCAACAGAAGCAGCGGUGCCAGGAACUGCCUGCAGCCUUGAGAACUACAUCGUGGCGCGGAACUUGGCGAUCCAAAUCCCUCGGGCUCUAGGGCCUCCAGUGGCCCGUGGCCUCAUCGAUUUGUGCGGCAGGAAUACCUAUGCAGUGCUGCAACUUUGCUUGUCCUCGGUUGCCAUCUCGGGAGUGUGGUACGCCGCCAACACGGCGCGGAGUGAUGCAGUGGUGGGAAAGCAGCUUUGA